CCAGGACAGACACUUCGGACUGCUGCAACCAGCGUCCGCUUCCUGUGUGCUUUCUUCGAUCCUCCAUCGCGACAUUCGUUCGCCUGCAGGCAGGUCAUCUUUCACGACCGACCUUCACGCGAAGAAAAACAAAAAGAUCCACCUUGAAUCUCCGCGCAAUCGUCACGAAUGAGCAAAUCCUCAACAGCAACUGCAUCGAAACCAACGACCCAGCUCCCUUCCAAGUCAGCUUGGGCAAAGGGCCCGCCGCAGUCAACAGCCCCCUCGCCACGUUCCGCAUCACCCGCGCCGAACCAGGGCCAUCCGCAACCGACCCACUCUAGACGACCGAGUACUCUAGGCCAGGGCGUAGCAUUUAAGGAUGGCGUCGCAGGUGCACGAAGCCCGACCAAUGCUGCGAAACCAGCAUCUGCUGUAACUUUUGGCUCGAUAAACGACGUCUCUGCACCUAUAUCCUCCUCUCCCGCCUCAGUCCCGACGAUCAAGUCGGCGACUGUCUCUUCAUUUGGAUCCGUCCCAGCGACACCCACCUCUGCUCCGAACGGCAAGUCUGCCGGCUCGUCCACACAACCUCCCGCGUCUGCCACGACCCAAUCGAAAUUCGAUGUCAAAAAGCUCUUCCAAAACCCGAGCAGCGCGCCGCCAGUAUCCAGCGCACCGUCGCAGGCGCCCUCUGACGUUGCUUCUCCAUCGACCCGCCCUUCGCCCCUGCCGCAAGCCUCACCUUUGCCGGCACAUGCCCAGGCACAGCCCUCGCAGAUGGGCGCCCACCCGCCGUAUCCUUCCUUCGUCCCCGGGCUGAGACCUCAACAGAAUGGUGGGCCUCCACCGGGUGGGCCGCCGCGGUCCCCUGUGUUCCCGCGGCAGAUGCCCAACGGCCAGAUGAACGGGGUCAAUGGACGACCGAACGGUGCCUCCGCGCCCACGCCGGUGUCGGCGGGCAUGUCGAGCCCGCGAAUGGGUCCCCCGCAUGGCGGGCAGCCCCCUGCGGGUAUGCCGCCCACUCCUCAACCAGUACCGGGCCCAGGAUGGUACGGUGGUUACUACUACUCACCAUACCCUGGCAUGCCUCCCGAACACUAUAUGCCGUACAAUCCCUGGAUGCAGCCACACGUCGGCACUCCUCAUCAACAGCCGCAAGGCCUGCCUGGCCCGCCCCAGCCCGGCAUGCCCAUGUCUCCUCGUAACGCCCCUCCCCAACUCCACCCUCCUGGUACGCCUACAAUGGCACCCGCCAUGCCCAAUCCGGGUCACCCUCCACAUCCCGCCCCGUCGCCGCACACCCAUACCUCCUCGCUCUCGUCUGUUUCCUCACCUCCGCCCACGCCGUCGUCAUCAGGUCCUGGUAACCGGUUGAAUACGGCCGCACCGACGUUCCAGCCGCGCACGGCCAGGGUGAAGAUCACAUCGUCGGACGGCAAGGAAGUCCAGCUGGACAGUUUCAAGAAGGGUACCGCCCCGCUGUCUCCUGCUGUGCCUGCGUCGCCGGCGAGGAAGACGCAAGUUCGACUGGAGAAGCCUGAGGACAAAGAGAAGCGGGAAGCGCAGGAGAGAGCGAAGGAGGAGGCUAGGGAGAAGGCCAAGAGGGAGGCGGAGGAGAAGGCCAAGCGGGAAGCAGAUGAGAAGGCGAGGAAGGAGAAGGAGGUUGAGGAGAAGCGGAAGGCCGAGGAGGAGGAACGCGUAAGGAAGGAGAAGGAGAAGGCAGACGAGGACCGGAGACGGCAGCAGGAGGAUGAAGAGAAGGCUCGCAAGGAGGCGGAGAAGGCCAAGGAGGAGGAAGAGCGGUUGCGCAAGGAGGAGGAAAGGCUCAAGGCGGAGGAGGAGAAGGUCGCCGCCACCGGUGCCGAGCCGGAGGAGGGCGAGGUCGACGAGGUUGAGGCGACGCCUGCGUCCGAGACGGUUGAGAAGACGGCCGACAAGGAGGAUUCCAAUGACAAGUUGCAAGACAAAGGAAUACUCCGAAUCGACACUGCCGUGAGUGACACGCCCAAGAAGCGGCACCCUGGCCCUCUCGACCUUUCCUCUACCCGCAAGCCCAUCGCCCAGCCCCUGCCUUCCGCCCUGGCUACGGCGCGCAUCAUCGAAGACCUCGGCAGCGUCUCGUAUCCCGAGGGCAUCAGGAGCCCCAAGAUUGAGCUCAACGUGAACGCCAAGCAUGGCAAGUUCAGGUACGACCGCGACUUCUUGAUGCAGUUCAUGAAGAUCUGCAAGGACAAGCCAGACAACCUUCCACCCCUCGACGCCAUCGGCCUUGAGCCCUCCGAGCAGGGUGCUGGUGUCCCCAUGAGUCGCGGUGGCUCGCAGAGACGUUCAUCAGCUGCGAUGGGUCCGCCUCCCCCGAACUCCGCACGCCAGCUGCAGGGUCUUGGUCUGUCGAACUUCAGUGGCCAGGGAGGCAACUUCACCAUGGGCAAGUUCGCGACGCAGAACCCGAAGACGAGCGAGGAACGCUUCAAGGAGGCUAGUAUGGGUCGCUCUGCGUCGAUGACGGGCGCCCCCCCUGGUGUCGCUAUACCGUUCGGCGCACGACCGUCUCCUAUGGUGCGGUCAUCAAGUCAGGGCGGCCCGAGCGCCAUGGGCAGCAAGCGUACCCGGAGCAAGCGUGGUGUUGACCGCGGAGAGCCGAGCAAGGGUGGACCUGGCCCGUCGUACGGUAGUUCCUCCCUCUCGCAGGCUGGCAUGAUGUCCCUCGAGCCGGUCGCACCGCUCGAGCAGUCCGCGAACCGAUGGACGCCCGCGAGCCUUACUAAGAAGCCACAAGUCGUCACUGACUCGCCUGAGGUCGUUGAUCGUAAGGUUCGCGGGCUUCUCAACAAGCUGACGAUGGAGCGCUUCGAUUCGAUUUCGGACCAAAUCAUCGCGUGGGCGAACAGGUCGGAGAACGAGCACGAUGGGCGAACACUCAUCCAAGUCAUCCGGCUCGUGUUCGAGAAGGCGACGGACGAGGCUGCGUGGUCCGAGAUGUAUGCUCGGUUGUGCCGGAAGAUGAUGGAGCAGAUCAGCCCGAAGGUUCAGGACGAGGGUAUCAAGAACGCGGAGGGGAAACCCAUUGCUGGCGGCCAGCUCUUCCGGAAGUACCUCCUUAAUCGGUGCCAAGAAGACUUCGAGCAUGGUUGGGCUGCGAAGGAGAGCGCCGCUGCCGCCGCUGCGACGAAGGCCACCGAGGACCAGGCCGCCAAGGACGCCGCCGAGAAGGACGAGUCUGGCGAGGUUGCCCUGUACUCGGAAGAGUACUACAUUGCGCAGAAAGCAAAACGGCAGGGUCUCGGUCUCGUCAAGUUCAUCGGUGAGCUGUUCAAGCUGCAGAUGCUCACGGAGCGUAUCAUGCACGAGUGUGUCAAGAAGCUCCUGGGCAACGUCGAGAACCCCGAGGAGGAGGAGAUCGAGAGCUUGUGCAAGCUCCUCACCACCGUCGGCCAGCUGCUUGACACCCCGAAGGCUCGCGCGCAUAUGGAUGUCUACUUCACGCGUAUGAAGGAGUUGACCAAGAACCCGAACGUCAAUUCGCGUAUGCAGUUCAUGCUUGUCGAUCUCAUCGAGUUGCGUGAACGCAAAUGGAUACCGCGCAACCUGGCUGCCGCUCCUACAACCAUCGCCGCCGUCCACGCACUGGCCGCUAAGGAGACCGCUGCGAAGGAGAAGGACUACCAGCGCACAAUGAGCAUGUCGCGCGGUGGUUCCAGGCGUGGCGGCGAACGCGGUGACCAAUCGCAAGUCGGUCCCGAUGGCUGGUCCGUCGCUGGCCCUCCCCCUUCUCGUGUGCCCCCCAAGGCAGGCGACUUGACUAACUUCGGCAAGAUCAGCAAGUCGAACUCUAUGACCUUCGGGCCCACGGGCGUGUUCGCGUCGAAGGACAAGACCAAGCGCGAUUCGACGUCGUCGUUGUCGCGAGGCUCUUCGAACAUGUUCUCGAAGCUGAUGGAGAACCCCGAGCUCGCCGCGGAGGCUGCUGCCGUACAGCCCAGCCGGCCACCAAGCCGCAAGGACAGUGUCGAGUUCCCUUCUGCCGGCGCGCCCGAGGCUCCGCUACAACGCAAGAAGCUCCAGCUCCUGCCGCGAUCCAAGCCCAAGCCUGACGAACGGGCAGACUCGACACCAGCACAAUCGGAGGCUGGCCACUCAGACGAUGAGGACUCUACCGCACCUUCGAUGUCUGAGGAGGAGGCGAAGAUUCGCGUUGGCGAGGAUUCGAAGGAGUUCUUCAGCAUCCGCGACUUGACCGAGGCUGAGGUGUACUUCAGUAAGCUCCCCUCGGAACACCGGUGGCUGCUGGUCGACAAGCUUGUGAAUUUCGCCAUCGAGUCGAAGGCGUCCGAUGCGCAGCUCGUCGCCGACUUCUUCUCCGGGGCCGUAUCGAAGAACCUCUGUUCACCAGAGAGCCUCGAGAAGGGCUUCACGCCGACGGCGGAGAUUCUCGACGACAUCGUCAUCGACGCGCCGAAGGCAUUGGACCUUAUGGCGACCAUGAUGAAAGGCGCACAGCUCGACGAGGAGCGACGGACCCGGCUUGCGAGCAAGUCCAUGGAUAGUGAUAAGUUAAUCGGUCUGCUAUCAUAGAACAGUAGUACGUCUCCUGCUUCAUUCUCUGUGUCUCCAUCCCGCUGGUCAUUGUUCGUUCAUCCUCGUCCAUCAUCCGCAUCUUGUUAUUAUUCGCCGCAUGCCGCGCUGGCUGUCCUGCAUCACGAUGUACAACAUCCAUAGCUCACUGUCAUACAUAAUACAGAGCUUCCGUUCGUUUCUCUGCAGUUUCUGCGUGAACACCGAGAGUAGAGGAUUCGGAUAACGAAUAGAGACGACCUUCUUAGGUGCCUACGAGAAUAAGAACUCGGAGUAGUUCUAUGCUAGUCACGUACACUGCUUAUGAUGCAACUCAAUGUCUGCCGACUCCGAGUAUGCUAGUACCUGCACUCAGAUAUAGCGUUGAGCGAUCUGCUAGUACCAUCGCAUUACGGUUCUGCGGUCGAAUGGCAGUGCAGCCUGUGUAAGUGCCUGGCAUCUGAGGAA